UUUGGAACAAAAUUAAAUAUAUAUUUUUUUCUUAAAAUCAAUUAAUGCUGUUGCUGCUCACUUAGCUUGAUGAACCAUCGUAAAACCUGUGACUCAUCACAUCUGAUCUCUAGCUCCGAUCCACCACCACCCUCUUCAAAGAUGCAAGAUUCAAUUGGUAUUCCUGCUUGCUUCUCUUCAUCUCCUUUGAAGGGUGGUGGUGAUGAAGGUGGAGGAGGUGGUGGAGCAGUGACCCGUUCAGGCCAAAGCGUUUACAUGUCCGUAUACAGAACGAAGAUCGCUGAUAACUGCCGCAAGAUCACAAUCACAUGGUGCAAGAAUCUCUUGCUCCAUGGCUUAUCGGUGUCAGUGGAAGGUCUUAAAGGAGACACUCAAUACACCUGCAAGGUUGAGCUCAAGCCGUGGUACUUCUGGAAGAAGCAAGGCUCCAAGCUCUUCGUCGUCGAUGACGCCUACGACAAACCCCUUCACCUCUUCUGGGACCUCAAGACCGCCAAGUUCAACGGCGAAACGGAACCCUCGUCGGAGUACUACGUGGCGGUGGUUUGGGACGACGAUGUUGUGUUGCUUCUCGGCGAUCUCAAGAAAGAAGCGUACAGAAGAACCGGAUGCCGGCCUUCGCUUAUUGAUCCGAUAUUGGUAGCGAAGAAGGAGCAUAUUUUCGGGAAGAAGAAGUUGUCAACGAGAGCCAAGUUUCACGAGAAAGGUAGGUGGCAUGAGAUCUCAAUUGAAUGCAAAGGCAGGACCGCCAACGACGGAGGAGAUUCCGUUCUUCAUCAUCAGCCGGAGAUGGAGAUAAGGAUCGAUGGGCAUUUGGUGAUUCAUGUUAAGCACUUGCAGUGGAAGUUUCGAGGGAAUGAGUCGAUUCAUCUGAGUAAGAUGAGAGUGGAGGUAUAUUGGGAUGUUCAUGAUUGGUUGUUUAGUCCUGGUUUAAAGCAUGCUUUGUUUAUCUUUAAGCCUGCUUUCUCUUCCUCGUCCGUGUCUAUGUCUUCAUCAUCGACACCAUUGUCUUCGUCUUCGUCCUCGUCUUCGCCUCCAUUGACAAGGACUAGUUCAGUGGAGGGGUUUAGUGUUGGUGGCUCAUCAGAGUUUUGCUUGUUCCUCUAUGCUUGGAAGGUUAUUGAAUGAAAAAUAAUAAUU